CUUGUAAGGUGAGGGGGGACCCCUUGUCUUAUUCUCUGGUUUUUGUGGGUGUUCAGAAAAAAAAUGUUGUGAUUUCUUUAAAUUUAAAGUUAGGUAAUGACAAAUAUGAACUCUAUAUGUUAUUUUAUCAACGUAACGCACUCAACCAUCGAUUUCUGCGAAAUUCAAUAACAGUGCACCCAUAUGACAAAAUGUUUAUUUACUAUUCUCUACUAUAAAACUCCAUUCAUUAAGUAGUGUUUAUUAUUACUCAUCCUGAUGUAACCUAAAGAAGCUGAUUUCUCGGAAAUAAUUAUGAACCCAUCAAUGAAUCCUUAUAGAAUGACGGCGGAAGAAAAAUCGAAAAAUGUUUCAAGAUUGCCGUUCAGAACUUAUUCUUAGAGGUUGAUGUCGUUGUACUAAAAUCGCAAAGCAAUUUACCCGUUCAACAUGGAUAUGGGAGUGAGAAAACUACCCAAAAAGAGGAAAUAUGAUCCAUCCGAAUUGGAGAAAAGUAAUUCACAGACGGCUUGUAUCCCAGUGUCGGUUGUCCAAUGUACAAGUGUUAUGUCAGCCCCCCAAGCUACUGCUGUUGAUUACUCUUUUCCAACAAAAACCUCCACACAAGAGGAACCACAUACACAAACUAGUUGUAAACAAAACGUCAUUGAUCUCAGUGAAUGGUGUGAUCAUAGGAUUUUAGCUAGACAAGGGGACUGGUAUUAUCCCGGUGUUAUAAAAGAAGCCAAUGGUUCAACUAUAGCCGUUGCUUUGGAUGGAAAGGAAGAAAGGGUCAUAUAUGAUAACGUAUUCGAUAAUAAAUGUUUUAACGUGAUAAGUGAUGCGAGCCCCUCGGUAAACCAAAUAACGCUAGGAACACGAGUGUGUGUACGCAACAACCAGAGCAUGUUCAUGGAGGGCGUCGUUUGCAGCAUCCUCGAGGGCCAACCGGUGCGCUUCGUAGUGGCCGUCAUCGGCGAACAACCCAUCGAACUGACCGUAAAACGGGCCGACCUGCGAUUGCUGCGGCCGCCUUGGUGGGACGAGCUGGAAAACAUCGAGCCCAACAUCGAAAACGCCAUGCCGACCGCCCUGGAAUUCCACCGGGCGAACCCCGCGUCCCCGACCCAGCUGCAUACGCCCAUAUCGGUCGGCACCCCCUUAUCGAACGGCCGCCACUACGACGAGUUCUGCGAGAGCGAGGACGAGCUGCGGCAGGACGCCUUCAGCUCCGAGGUGAACGCCAAGCUAUCCGGCAGCAGCAAGCGCAGCAGCAUGCACAGCCGCAGCAGCUCGUCGAGCAGCAUCACGCCGCGCUCGCAGCCGACGACGCCGCGCAGCCAGGCGGCCACGCCGCACAAAUACAAAAAGGGCGACGUCGUUUCGAAUCCGAACGGCAUCCGGAAGAAGUUCAACGGGAAACAGUGGAGGCGGCUGUGCUCCGUCGACGGGUGCAAGAAGGAGAGCCAGCGGCGGGGUUACUGUUCCAGGCACCUCAGCUUGAAAGGUAAUAGUCUUCGUAGUGGGAAUUGUGCUAGAUCUAAUAGUAAAGGGGACGGUGAAGAUACUUCUAGGGAUUCUGAGACAUCGCCGAAUUGCGGGGAUCGUCGGAUGACUGGAAGAUUCGAUCAGGAGGAAACCGAAGCUGCUAAUAUGCUUGUAUCGCUGGGGAGUUCGCGAUCGGCCACGCCGGCCUUCUCGCCCAACGGGCAGGGAUCGUCCCCUCACACGAUGCAAUCUCCUUUGACUGUGGGCCCCAGGCAGAACGUCUUCGUGCCGAUUCCCAGCAGCCACUCUCUGCAGAAGAGGACGUCGCCGGGAAGCCAGGCGUACAAUUCAUAUCAGCAGCAGCUCAUAAGGCCGGAGGCUCGGGCUGUACAGAGCAGCACCAGCGUCAUACGGGUGUCGCCGAAUCCGAGGCAGUGGUCCAAUUUACCUGAACAACAGAGCGUUAUAUUGCAGCACGCUUUGACUAGUCCGCCGAAUCAAAUCGUUGAACCUGAUAAUAAUCCUUUACCUCCGGCAGGUAAUGAUUUUCCAUACAGAGGUCUUUAUUGCGUGUUGCCGCCUACAGACGAGAGGAACGUUAUGAUUGUAAAAAGCGAAGUAGAUACUGAUGGCAAGGAACCGAAGUCGUUUCCUCGACAAGUGAUACAAAGCGAUCAUUUACAUUCGACGCAAUUGAUUCGUGUCACGUCAAAUAACGGUAUAAAUAAUAUAAAUAGUUUGAAUAAUAAUAUUCAUUCACAUUCCAACGGAUCCGGAUUGCUCCAAUCAAGUCCGAUGAAUUCUGGACUGCCGGUCAUCGUGAAUCCGACGCAAUUAGUGCCGGUCUUGCCGCCUUCCUCGCAAUCUGUCGUUAAACGAGUUAUCCCCACUGCCACUAUCCAACAAAAUCCUCCGCCUGUGAUCGUUAAAACCGAACAAGUAUCUCCGAACGCCGCAAACCACGCGAAAGAUCCCCUGAUGCUGCCGAGUCCGGACCAACACCAACACCAUCACCAACACCAACCCAACCAAAACCAACGCAUCCCCGCCGUAUCCCAAGCGCCCGUAUCCCAGCCAUCGCACCGGCCGAUGGGCGUCAACCCGCCCCCGCCGCCGGCGAAGGUCCAAGGCGGCGCGCCGCCGCCCAACCAAUCGGCGUUCGUCAUUCCGUGGCACUCGAUCGUGCCGCUGCUGACGGCCGCGUCGGGGCCGGUCUCGCCGCCGGGCUCGCAGCUGUCGCCGCCGCUGUCGGCGCCGCCGGUGGCCGUCUCGGGCGGCGAUUCGCACGACGACGACGUCGACGUCGAGCAGAUGCAGACGCCCACCGAGGACGACGACGACGUGUUCGAGACGGAGCCGAGCGAUCUGAACGCGGACGGCGUGAUCAACAGCAAGAGGCGGAGCCAGUCGUUGAGCUCGUUGCCUAGUACUUCGAAGGAGUCCGGCAAGAAUAACCGUAUAAGGAGGCCGAUGAACGCUUUUAUGAUAUUUUCUAAAAGACACAGGGCGAUCGUGCAUCAGAAUUACCCGAAUCAAGAUAACCGCACUGUUUCGAAAAUAUUAGGCGAGUGGUGGUAUUCGAUGAGCCAAGACGAGAAGAGGCCUUACCACGAUUUGGCUUCGGAAGUUAAAGAAGCGCAUUUUAAAGCUCACCCCGAAUGGAAAUGGUGCAAUAAAGAUAGGAGAAAAUCUUCAACGAGUUCGAGGAGUAAACUGAGUUCUGCCGGUGAUAGCGCGGAACCGGGCGAUACUUGCACGAGUCCGAAAGUUCAAUCGCCCCCUCACGCUAUCGAACCGUCGAAACAAAUGCUGCAAGAACAAGAUGGAACAGGCGAUCUUUCUGACGACGAUCAGAUGGUGAUAUGCGAGGAACCUGGUACUGAAAUUGACUUAAAAUGUAAAGAAAAAGUUACCGACUCCGAUUCCGAAUCUCAGAGUGAUAUGGAUUCUUCUGUAGAGAAUCGCAUGUUCCAACGUUUUAGUCCCGUAACGAAUUCGAAUUGUUCAGAUAUUACGUGUCGACCCACACCGAUAAAAGCGAGAAUACCGUCGACGGAAGCGCCGAAAUAUAAUCUCAAUACUGCGCCGACAGCAUUUCAUUAUUCUCCGGUUAAUCCGACAGGUGUUACAGGAUUUCAACCUUCGGUCGGUGGAGCCUUCAAGACAAUGCCGGCGUCUCCGAAAGUUAUUAAAACUGAAAUAAAGAAUGAAUGUAAUGACGCUUAUGAUGGCUGGUCAGGUACUAUGAUUAAUAAAUCAAACGAUGUGUCGUUACGUGCCAACUCAUCCACCAUACAAACAAGCACAAUCACAAGCAAAACUAACUCAACAUUAGCUAUACUAAAACCACAGAUCAAAUCAAAUAUUAUCCAGCUAAACGAUAGCAUUAACCAGAAUUACCAGUCACAACCGUUAACUGUUGUCAUUGGCGGGCAGCCUACCAUUUGCUUGGCCAAUGAAUCCGAACGAUCACAGCCUUUUGUUGUUGUAGCGUCUACAGCCGCUUCUGAAAUACCCGUGCAAGUGUACAUGCAACCCUCCUUCAGCAUUCCCGUUACCGACAAUGGCAGGGGCGUCUCGCUGCAGAGCCUGCAGCUAUUGCCCAAGCAAAAUCACGCCCAAUCUGUCAUUGUCACGCAGGCACACAACAAGUCCUGCGUUUCAUCUCAGGCCGAUUAUCAAAUGACGCAUAACACCAUUGUCACAUCUUCCAACAAAUCCUGUUUGACUUAUUCCAACAGCACCAUUUCAGCUCCCGUGCUACACAUACCGGAAUGUAAAGAUAUUAAAGAAGAUGCUAAAUCGCCAUCAGUAUUAGACAUGCUGCCCUCCGCUUCAGAUUCUAUAAUGUUAGAACAACCGAAUACGGAAUUCAAAUUGGCUCCGACUCCAGCGCAACUCGGAAAAGCCCCCUUACAACGAAGACAAUCAAUGGCUACAUUCGUCCCGACGAGUUCUCAAGGAGGCCAAGAAAGCAUGAUGGUGACCGAAGUGCCUGAAGACUCCAGCCAAGUCGACCUGAUGUCGCCGUCGGCGAAGAAGAGCUUCUUCAAGCGCUCAGUGGAAGACGGAAUGGACAGAAAUUUUUCGUCGUUGUACAGGGUGCUGGAGCAGGUGAACUUCGAGAAAAAGUUCACGGCCCUGCCGCAGUUCAAGCCCGAGGACGGGCAGUCGCCGAGCGCCAUCUCGAUACCCAGCCCGGGGUUGUUCUACAGCAAAAAGCGACCGCCUCUCACUGCCAGCCACAGGACGUCCGUGGAAGAGGAGAUCGAGCCGCCGGAGACGCCGCAGAGCGUCCCGAAAUCCGCCUCGUCGGCGAAGCCGAUCAUCGGUAACCAGUUCUUCGGGCCCGACUUCGAUAACGUUAGGGCCGAAUUGAAUGAAAUGGAGGAAGGUACGUCGCCGAAGACGCCGAGAACGCCGGGCACGUCGAGGGAUACGGAGAAAGGCCAUCGAAAGGUGCUGGAACAACGACGUCAAUUAGUGUUGCAGUUGUUUAAAGAACAAUCGCUGUUCCCAUCGUCCCAAGCCACCUCUACGUUUCAGGCCCAACAUUGUGAUAUUUUUCCUACGAAGACGAGUUUGCAGUUGAAAAUCCGCGAAGUGCGCCAGAAAAUGAUGGCCCAAACUACUCAUACACCGUCUAGUGCAAAUAGCCCGCUCACUCCCGCCGAGCCCGUUCGAGUAUCUUCAAAUAGUUAGCUAGUAGUGUGCAAUAGAGUGUCUUCCUUUUCGUAUGUUAUCAUCAAAUUGACUGAAAGUAGCACUUAAGAGCUUAAGAAAUAUAUAUAUAUCGGUUUGACACGAAGUGUGGUAUAGUUGAAUCUUUUCGUAAAAUUAUAGAUUUUAUUCGUAUACCUGAAGCUUACCUGAAACUCUCGUCUCGUUACGAAUUAGCAAUUUUUCUGUAGACGCACAUUGGGAAAUAAUCGCAUGGAUUUACAGUAAGAUCAAAACUUGAACAAUGUAAAUGUGUUGUUGAUCAAAAUGAAUAUUUUUUUGUAGGAAACAAACAAAAUAUUUCUUUUUUGAAUAAAGUUUUAUUUAAUUUUGCUCCAGUUAUGAAAUUUAAUGUGUUUAUUUUCUAAUGUACAAUAUUCUGCGGUUUAUUGAAUUUUAUACUUACCUAUAUAUAUUUUUUUAUCAUUAUUUGGUAUUAAUAACAUUGCAUAAUUUUGGUUUAGGUUAAUUUAAUGUAUACAUUACUAAUUGAGAAACAAAUUAAAAAUCAUUUACAUGUUUACUUAAUUAUUUUUUUUAUCAAAUAAUGAUAAAAUGUUUAUUGUAUUGCCUGUUUUACAAAUAUUUUUGUUAAUUUUGGUUAUAAACUAGACUUUAAUAAUCUUAUUUCUCAAGAUUUGUUUAUAAAAAAAAUUGUGCAAUAUUACGAUUUUCGGUGCCCUCAUCGCGUUUUAUUAAUCUGUUUGUCUAACUUUAUUCCAAAUUUGGAGAUUUUUUAAAAUGUUUAUUCGUAUAUUUUGCAUCCAGAUAUUGGAUACUUUAAUUAAAAUGUUCAGUAUUGACAGUACGCAAUUUUAAAAUGCUAUGUAUUUCAUAAUUUACAUAAAAAAAUCGUAUUUUUAUACAAGCUUGUUCUAUUUAUUUUGUCAUUCGUGGAUUCAAGAAAACUUGUUUUGUUCGUAACCUUUUUAUUGAUCCAGAGAUUUCCAAACAUGCUGUAGGAUUAAAUAUGGCCGGUGUUAGUAAGUGCAAUAGUUAAGUGUUUAUAAAUUGCAUGCACAGGAUGAGGUUGAUUACAAUAAACAUUUCUAGGACUGAUAAUGAUACAGGUUUUUUUCUAUUUGUGUCGUAUGUUAUGUCAAUUAUUUUUUUCGAUUUUGUCAAUUGACUAAUGUAGAGACAUGUAAAAUAAACCUGUAUGUAGUACUGAAAUUGAUCUAGCCAGUUUAAUAAGUAUGUACUUUAAAAAAACUCAUAAUUUUAAUCGAAUUGAUGAUACUAUAAUGUACUAUCUUUUGAAUUCAUGUUAAGGAAUGCAAAACAGGAUAGUACGCUAGGCAAAAAUUCUUUUAUCUUCCAUUAUAUUAUUCUACUGCGUUUAUUUCCUUUUGGUUCGAUCGCUAUUUUAGUUAUUAUUGCAAGGUUGUGAAAAUUGUGUCCAUACCCUUACCAAUUCUGUGUAUUUUAAAAUUUAAUAAACCCAAAAAUGGAACAGAAUUCGUAAUGAGUAACCCUACUAAUAAAAAAAAUCCAAUUUACGUUCCGACUACACUUCAGUUGUGAAAAUACAGCAGCACUUUCGAUGAGGAAAACUGUUGCAAUACUUAAAAAAUAAAUUUAAUGUACAUUUAUUGGUGUUGCACUUUCUAUUAAUUUUUGUCGGAGUUUGCAUUAGUUCUCCCAAUCGAAAGUGCUAUGAAAUUAGCGGAAGCUAAUUGACAAUGGUACUUCAUUUUGUGUGAUUUAUGAUUUUCGUAUGAAUAUAAAACAUUAGAUUGUAUUAAAUUUAGCUGUAGGGUACAUGUAUGGAAAAUAUCCGUUUCGAUACUGUGUUAAAGUGAGAUAAUCAUAACAAUAGCUUAGUAACAACAAUGUUGACCUGUUAUUUAUUUAAUUAGUAACUCAAUUAUUGUUGUUUAUUAAGGCGUUUUGUUCUUUAGUGCAUUGUAGGUAAAUUGGGAAUAUUUUCUAAACCUGUACGCAAAACUUACUUUCUUGGUUAAUUUUCGUUUUAUAAUACUAUUCUGCAUAUUUAAAUGUUUUUAUUUAGUGAAGCGUAAUUAUAUGUUUACUCAUGAACUAGGUAUAUUUUUCAGUGGUAAGGUUUUGACUUGAUAAAAAUGUGUUAUUUAUUUAUUAUAUGUUUUAUAUCAUAUUUCUGAUAUUAUUUUAGUUGUCUAGUUGGCAAAGAUUGAAAGUUUAAAGGUUGUAAAAUAUUUGUUAAUGUGACUAAAGGAGACGUAAGUGCAAUAUUUUUAAAAUAAGCCACUAUAAAGUUUUCACGUAAGUACUUUAAUUGGUCCAGUUAUUUUGAGUUGUCUUCCAAAACGAGUUGCGAGAUUUGCCUAAAUGAUUAUUUUUUGAUUUUAAUGCUACUAUGGUGAUACAAAACAAUGUUGCGAACACAACUAAAAAUCUGCCGGUUACGUUUUGAACAGUGUUGCUUUAUAGCGGGCAUUUCGAUGAAUGCUGGUUCCAAAUUGGGCUAUAAAUUUACAUGAAAAAAAAAAGGUUAGAUAAAUUCGCACUGAAAGCUACCCUUUAUAGUUGUUUAGCGAUGCCUCUGUCUUAACAUCAGGAAGAAAGAGCCACUUUUGACGCAGAGUAAUUCUGAUUAAAUGAAAAUUUCGUGAAGCUAGUGUCAGAAAAAUAUAGUAUUGAAAUUGUAAUAAAUAUUUAUCGAUAAAAAUCUGUGAUUUAAAUAAAAUAAUGCACAGUUUAAAUUUUGUGUUUAAACUGACAAUCAUUAUGUAUGUUAUGACAAAAUGAGUUAGAGCAGUGUAUAUUUAUUUUACUUCGACUAAAUGCAGACUUAUGGCAUAUGAGAAACGUUGUUGUAAUCAGGAAAUUUCAAAUUAUUUAAAGAUAUGCGAAAAGUAAGAGUGACUAGGCCGGGUCAGUAUGGUAAAGUGCCAAAUUUUCCUGAAAAUAAUAACUAAUUGUACUUAUAACGUUGAAAAGAGUAAUAGUAAUUAUAUACCGCAUAGACUCGAUUUUUAACUUUUUUCUUUCCUUCUUAUAUUCUUGUUAUCGCUAGUUUUAUUUCUAGGGCAUAUAACAUAAACGAUUUGUAGAUGAAUAUCCAAUAUUUUUGCAUUCGAUUGAACGGUGACUCAAGAAUAUUAAAAAUUAUGUAUUUUAAAAUGAGCGCUCUCCAGAUUGAGUCCAUCCAAAAAAUAACCCCAUUUAAAAUUUAAAUCACCCAUGUUCAUCUACAAAUUUAGAAUUACUUGUAGUGUAUACCCCAGAAGAUAAUUGUACGCUAAUGUAAGAAAUUUUUUCCAUAAUUUUGUAAUAUUAUUUUUAUUAUUUUUCCGGUUCCACUCCACUUUCGUUUCCAUAAUAUUGCAUUUUGAUAGCAAUUUCUUAAUAUUAUGGAAUAGAAGUGUUGUUACGGGACACUUUUUAUAAAAUAAUAAUAAUACAGUUGAUCACGUAUCCUCAAAUUGUAUCGAAUUUCAAUCGUAUCAAAAGUUAAUUUAUUUUUAAACUGGUAAAGAUUUGUAUAACUGUUUUUUUUUUGGAAUUUCGAGAUGCUAUAUUGCAGUUCUUUUCUCAAGGAUGGUGAUCAAUUGCAUAUCAGGUGCAUUGCAUACAUUCGCCUAGAAAUCUAUAAACGUUGCAGUGCCACUUGAGGAUAUUAAAACAUUAGUUGCCUUGAUUGUGGUUUUGUUUUUGUUACAACUUAGCAUUUUAUAGUCAAUGAUCUCGUUAGGAAAUUGUUCACGUAAAUAGUGUAAAGAUUGUGCAUGUCACUCUUCUCCGAGCACAUGUUUACAUUUAAUGUAUAUAAUACUUAUUAGGUACUAUUUGUACUGUAAUAUUCUAUUUUAUUUAAGAUAAAGUUAUAAAGAAUCACGUACAGUCACAAUAAAUGUAUUAAUUAUUUUUAAA